AGUCCAACUGAUCAGCAAGAAGAGAAGUCCUUUGCAGAAGAGUAAGCGUGUGGCUAGACCGAAAACCAGGAUCCGGACACAUGGCGACUACAGGGAAGGUGAUUAAAUGUAAAGCUGCAAUCAUCUGGGAAGUUGGCAAAAUGCCUUCUGUUGAGGAGGUGGAGGUGGCACCACCAAAGAGUCAUGAAAUCCGAGUGAAGAUAGUGGCCACUGGGAUCUGUCGGACAGAUGACCAUGUAUUGAAAGGUGUUUUUCCAAACAUAGACUACCCUGUUAUUGUGGGUCAUGAAGGAGCUGGCAUUGUUGAAAGUGUUGGACCUGGAGUCACUUGUGUAAAGCCAGGUGACAAAGUCAUUCCUCUUUGUGUUCCCCAGUGUGGAGAAUGUGGCUGUUGUUUAAGUCCUAAAGCUAACUGUUGCCUCAAGUCCCACCUUUAUGAACCUCUUCAAAACCUGAUGCCAGAUAAGACCAGCAGGUUCACCUGCAGAGGGAAAAGGAUCCACCACUUCCUUUGGACGAGCACCUUCUCCGAAUACACUGUUGUGCCUGAGGCUUCCAUUGCAAGAAUUGACAAUGAUGCUCCACUGGAUAAAGUGUGCCUCUUUGGCUGUGGGUUUUCUACUGGCUAUGGGGCUGCUAUCAAUUGUGCCCAGGUUGAGCCUGGUUCUACCUGUGCCAUCUUUGGCUUAGGAGGUGUCGGUCUGUCUGUGGUCAUGGGGUGCAAAGCUGCUGGAGCAUCCAGGAUUAUCGGGAUCGACAUCAACAAAGACAAAUUUACUAAGGCCAAAGAGUUAGGAGCCACUGAAUGCAUGUUGCCUCAAGAUUUCAUGAAGCCCAUUAAUGAGGUGGUGGUGGACAUGACAGGUCUUGGUGUGGACUACUCAUUUGAAGUGAUUGGACACACUGACACUGCAGUCACUGCCCUUAAAUCCUGCCAUUUGGGUCAUGGCACCUGUGUGUUGGUUGGGGCACCUCCUGCAGGAUCACAGAUCUCCAUCGAACCUACUCUGCUCCUCACAGGGAAAAAAUUAAUAGGAUGUCUGAUUGGAGGUUGGAAGUUAAAAGAUGCUCUCCCUAAACUGGUUUCUGAUUACAUGAAAAAGAAAUUUAAUACGGAUGCAUUAAUAAGUCACACGUUGCCUUUUGAGAAAAUUGGUGAAGGCUUUGAGCUUCUACAUGCAGGAAAAUGUAUUCGCUGCAUUUUGUUGUUUUAAACUCCCAAAUACAACCAGUUAGUGAGAUCUCAGCUGAAUACAGCUUCCCAUCCUGCGGAUCAACAGAACCUUCAUCUGUAUUGAAACUGUUGAGAGUUUGUAGGGUUUGUUUGAGAAGCAAACAUAGGGAAAAUAUUGAACUCCUGUACAAAUUAUUGUAACCCGUAAAUGCAGUGUUGUAGGUAGGGUUACCAGGUGUCCGGUUUUCAGCUGGAGUUUCUGGCUGUUGAGGGUCCCCUCUGGGUCUCCAGGUAACUCACCUUAAUCUCCGGACUCUCAGCUUCAAUUAAAAAAAAAGUUUCUAGGUGGUCUGGUUCCCAAGAUAUACACCAAAACAUCAGCAGUCCCCCGACUGCUAAAUCUGUUUAAUGGAUCUGUUAUAGCAGCUCCUAGCUCCAGAGCUUGGAAAAGUUACUUUUUUAACCUACAACUCCCAUCAGCCCCAGCCAGCAUGGCCACUGGAUUGGGCUGAUGGGAGUUGUAGUUCAAAAAAAUAACUUUUCCAAGCUGUGGCUCUAACCCUACUCUUUCACGGUUGUAGCCAAUAAGUGAAGCCAGGGUUGUAAUUUGCUGACCCAGGCAGUGCCUAGACUUUAUUGCAGUGUCAGGAAACAGUGGCUUUGAGAUCUUCAGUUUGAGUAAGUGAGAAUAUGACUUAAAGUUUUUUUUCUCUUGUGUGCAAGAGUCAGACCCUGGGCUGUUGGAGAGGACGGUGCUUUGAAAACCUUGGCAAUAUGAAAGUAUUUAAUCCAAUACUUGCUUUUCUGGGAGUAAAGCAAUGCUAAUCCCAUGUACCUGGAGUAAACCCCAUUGAAUUCAUUAGGACUUACUUUUGAGUAGACAUGGUUAGGAUUGUGCUGUAAAUUAAUGGGACUUUUCAGUAAACAUAGCAAAGAAUUGUGUUUGUGUUGUAAAUCUUUCCCUCUCCCUCCAAUCCUAUUUUUAAAGCAAUUAGGCAGGGUUUACCUAGGUAUCACAUUUUUUAUUAUGUAGGAAACUAAUACUGAUUUUUUAAAAAAAUGUUCUGCAAUGACCAACUGGUUUGACAAUAAACUAUUAUAUGGGGUGUA